UUGCUUCAUUACUGUAUUGUCAAAUUUUCGAGAAAAUCAGUGAAUCGUUUUUAAUUUGAUCAAAAAAAAAUAUUAGCCUUGAGUCAAUCGAACCAGCUUUGGUGUUAGUAAUUCAACAUUUUUACAGUUCAGCCACCAAGUUUAUCAUACAUCAGUGCUCUUAUAUCGACAUAAAAGAAGAUGAUGAUACCCAUUUGGAUUUUUUGCAAAAAUGUGUAUAACAUACCUAGGGUACAAAAUCAAAGCAGACUCAUAAGCCACAAGUAUAGGAGUAUGUCAUUUUAUGAAAUUUUUUGAGGAGACGUCAUCAAAUUGUUGGUGUGGAUGAUUAACAAACUUUAAUUGGAACAUACAUUUUAUAAUUUUGAUGGAUAGGCAUUUUCGUGACUAUUACUACCCAGACGACAACGAAAACUGCUACUACGAUCCCGACACUACUCUCAGCAUACCACAACUCAUCGAAAAAUAUGCAGGAAAGGUAGAACUACACAAUGUGACAACUGAAGAUGGAUAUAUCAUUACUAUGUUUCGAAUACCGAAUGGCAAUCGUAAGGGUGUUAUUUUGCUACAUCACUCCAUAGCCACGCAUUCUCAUAUAUAUCUGUGGCAAGGUAACAAUUCACUAGCGCUCACCUUGUGGAGAGAUGGUUUCGACGUUUGGUUGGCCAAUCAGAGAGGAACUAUUUUUUCGGACAAACAUGUCAACAUGACCAAAUACGAUUUUGCCUACUGGGACUUCAGCGUCCACGAGAUGGGAUUAUACGAUGUUACCAGUGAACUAGAGUUGAUACAAAGCAAGACCAACGGAUCACAAGUGAUUUUUUUUGGACAUUCUUUAGGUUCCGCGAUUGGUCUAAUUUACUCAGCUUUGAAACCAAUACAAGCCAGCAAAUAUCUAAAAACAAUGAUCCUUCUAGCAACACCUGCAUACUUCGAACAUGGAACGAGCCUCGUAUUCUUGUUUAUAAGAUUGUCGUCUUAUAUUAAGGCUUUCAUGGAUCUCAUUCAUUUGGGCAGCCCUUUGAUCCUGCUGCCAUUUAUAAUACCAGUAUCCAGAGUUUUUUUACGACUUUUCCCUUUCAUUUUAUUCGUGGUGAAUGUUUUCGUUUGGCAGUGUUGUGGUUACACACCAAGCGAAACCGACCCGACUUUUUUUAAUUACGAUGGGGCGAUCUAUGCGGACAACUUUUCUUGGAAAACUUUGGCGCAUUUUGGACAAUUGGCUAAUGCAAGAAACCGCUUUCAGAUGUACGAUUAUGGUGAAAAAGAAAAUUUGAAAAUUUAUGGUCAAAAAAUUCCUCCGCUAUAUCCACUUCAAAACAUAACAGUGCCAACACUCUUGGUAUCGAGUUACAACGAUACCUUAGUGUCCUUAAAAGAUUGUGAAAACCUGUAUCAACAACUGUCCCCAAAAGCCAAAGUUCAUGGGCACUGGAAAAUUUCAGGGUUAAAUCAUUUGGACUAUCACCUUGGACUGCAUCGGAAAGAAAUUUUUGUUCAUGAAUUAUUAGAAUUUUUGAACAAUUUGAAAUAAUUGAACACGAUAAUAGUGCUUGAAUUUUAAUAUAUUAAAAAAUUAAAUUAAAAUAUGAUUGCAUGUGCCUGUGAUACUGAACUGUAUAUAAAAGAAUGACAUUUAGGUUACAAAAUUUCGUCUUCAUGGCAAUAGAAAAUAUUCUAUUUAGGUAUCUGAAGUCAGUAGAAUUACACAAAAUGUAAGUAGUGCAUUUCAUUAAAACUUCCAUAAUGAAAUUUCUUAUCUUACGCCUAUUGACCUACUCUAAUUAGUAGAAAAUAAAACGUAAUUUAUCAUA